AUGGCUGUACCCUCGAAGCGCCCAGUCAGCGAGAUGGAGUCUCCGGAGCCUAAUACAGAAACUAAGAAGACAAAGACCGCUACCGAUUCCAACGAGACACAGGACGACGUAGAGACCGAGAAAGUGACCGUGAUCGUUGGCGAUCAAAACUUCCAUGUCGACAAGGAAGUUCUCACCGAGAGAUCCAAAUACUUUCAGGACAUGUUCGAGGGCACCAACUCAGACGAGAUUAUCAAGCUCUCUGACACUGAGUCCAAGUAUUUCGCCGUCUACACCGAGUAUCUAAACAUGAGCCAGAACGGGAAGAUUAUGGGACAGACCUGGGACGAUUUGGCAGCCCUUUUCAGCCUCGGCGAACUGCUAUCCGACAUCAAGUUUCAUAACAAAAUUGUACACACCAUGGUCACCACCAGCGAGAAGGACAGCAUUCGUCCACACGAUCAUGUUAUGCGGUCGCUCUACAACAAAUCUGCUCCGACAUCGCCUAUACGCCGCCUCAUGGUCAAGAUGACGAUGAAACGGUACUACGACCUCGAAGGCUCGGACUAUCAGUACGAGGACGAGUACUCGGUCGCGGUCAUGAAGAAGUUGACGGCGCCCCAGAAAGAGCGGGAUGAGAUGUAUGAUGGAGUCAUUCGGCCGGCAAAAUACUAUGAUACGGAGAAGAAGAGGGCUCGCCGGGUUGCGAAGGAGACGAAGGCGUCGCGCGGUCGGUCCAGGAAAGCCUAG